AUGUUUGGCGCCCUCAGAAUGCUGUUUGCCCCUCGAGUGGGGCUUAUAAGGAACUUCACCACCGUGACCAGAGCCAUGCAAAAGCAGGCUCCUCAGCUAGGCAAGGCUGCCCCCAAAUCAAAUGCCGAGCGUCUUCGUCUCGCCAAGUUGGCGGAGAAGCAGCGGCAAGAGAGAACCGCUUACAAGAACCGUACCGCUAUCUACUACUCAGCCGCGUUCGGGGUGACGUUCUUGGCCCUUUCAUUCAUGGCGGUGCCUCUUUACCGGGCCAUCUGUCAGCGUACGGGGUGGGGUGGUAUUCCCAUCACCGAUCUGGCGGCGUUUACUCCCGAUAAGUUGAUUCCCGUCGACACCAACAAGCGGAUCAGAGUUCAGUUCACUUGCCAGUCGUCAGGGGUGUUGCCGUGGAAGUUUACCCCCUUGCAAAGAGAAGUGUACGUGGUUCCUGGGGAAACGGCGUUGGCGUUCUACCGCGCCAAAAACGUUUCUAACGAGGAUAUCAUCGGUAUGGCUACUUACUCGGUGACCCCCGAUAACGUCGCCCAAUACUUCAAUAAGAUCCAAUGCUUCUGUUUCGAAGAACAGCGUUUAGCCGCUGGCGAAGAAGUCGACAUGCCGGUGUUCUUCUUCAUCGACCCCGAGUUCGCUAAGGACCCGCAGAUGCGCCACAUCGACGACGUGGUAUUACACUACUCGUUCUUCCGUGCCUCCUACACUGACGGCGAGUUGGCAGCGGUGCCAGUGGCCCAAAUGGACAUGAAGGCUACCGUUGCCCCUGCAUAG